AUGGGAAAUGACUUUGAUAUAAGUGGCAAUGAAAAUAAUUCUAGUAUAAAUAAUAAUAAUAAUAAUAAUAAUAAUAAUAAUAAUAAUAAUAAUAAUAAUAAUAAUAAUAUGAAUAAUUAUAAUAAUAAUAAUAAUAAUAAUAAUAAUAAUAAUAAUAAUAAUAAUAAUAAUAAUAAUAAUAGUAAUAGUUUUGAUAAUAAUUAUUAUAAUAAUAAUAAUAAUUAUAAUAAUAAUAAUAAUAAUUAUAAUAAUAAUAAUAAUAAUAAUUAUGAUCCAAUGUAUAAUAGUGAAAUCGAAAAAAGAAGUAGCGGAUAUUACCAUGAUAUUUUAAUAAAUAAAAAUAAAGAAUCAAAAAAUAAACGAAGAUUUAAAUAUAAAGUAUUGACAAUUAUUGUUGGUAUAUUUUUUAUAUUUUCAAUUGCUUCAUUAUUAUUCUUUAUAUUUUUUAGUACAUCUCAAUUAACAUUCGAAAGUUUUAAAUUUAUUCAAACAAAAUGUUAUUUAAAAUCAAUUGAUUAUAUAAGUAAAAAUCAGACACAUGGUCCAGACAGUUGUCAAAAAUUAAAUGAAGAGUCAUGGUGGUAUAGUUAUGAAAAGGAUUUUUACAAAUUUAAUAGUAAUAAUGCUCAAUAUUUUAAUAAUGGUAGUAGUAGUGAUAAUGGUGACAAUGAUGGUGAUAAUGAAGAAAUAAAUAAUAAAUUAAUAAAUUUAAUAAUAAAAGAAUCAAAUAGUAAUAGUAAUAGCAAAGGUGAUAUUUCAAAAGUUAUAACAUGUUAUCAAGGUUUAUUUCAUGUUUCAUUCAAUGAUACUGAUAAUGAAUUACAACAAGGCGAUAUCGAUGGAUUAUGGAGUGAUGAUUCAACAAAGGUAGAUUCAUAUUUACAUCAAAUUAAAAUUGGUUCAAUUCAAACAUGUUAUUAUAAUAAACACGAUAAUAGAGAAGUCAUAUGGGUUAAGCCACCAUCAUCCCUUUUCAAUAUCAUUUUCAUUGUUGUCAUUGGUUUAAUAAUUGUUAUCGCUUUCACUGUUUUUGUCAUUAUCUUUAGAAAAGCAUUUGCACCAUUAUCAAAAGAUGAAGAAAAAGCCAAUCUAUUAUCAAAUUCAACUUAUUAUCGUUAUACUAGUGAUAAGUUAUAUAGUAAUAAUGGUAAUAACGAUUAA